ACUAAGGGAGGACUUGAAGUUUUAGGGUGAUAAAAGUGAGCAAAAGCAGAGUCAGUGAAAGAACACAAGAGAGAAUUAGUAAUAGUAUAGAAUAGAAAGAUGAUGAAGCAGAAGGGAGCUUCUAUUACUUUCAUGAGAUGGAUGUUUUUGCCUCAAUUUCUGCCACAUUCAGCACAUGCACUUGAAGCAUUUAGCCCUAGCCCUAGUCACAUUACUGUUUCUUCAUAUUUUCAAUUCUCCACUAAUCCCAAACGCCCUCAUAUUACUUAUUCCUCUGAUCCAACUCAUGCUCGACUUCAACAUCUACUCCUCGAGAAAUCCAAGGUUGGUUUCGAUAAACUCGAUGAUGCUCUCCAACUGUUUGAUAAAAUGCUCCUUACGAAGCCUCUGCUUCCUGUUAUCAACUUCAAUCAACUGUUAGCCGCCCUUGUUAAAAUGAAACACUACUCCGUAGCUGUCUCCCUAUUUAGGGAUAUGCGUGUAAAUAGCAUCCCUGUUGAUAUAUUUACCAUUACUACUAUCAUCAACUGUUUUUGUCACUUGGAUCGUGUCGAUUUUGCCUUUUCAUUACUGGCUGGAAUCAUCAAGCACGGUUUUGUGCCAAGUUUGGUUACUUAUAACACCCUCAUCGGGGGCCUUAUUUCCCAAGAUAUGCUUCAAGAGGCUCAGCUUUUGUUCCAGAACCUCAUCAGAUUUAAACUUGUUCAACCCGAUGUUUUUACCUAUAACAUAAUCAUUGACGGAAUCUGCAAGAGAGGGAAUCCUUCUGUGGCUGUUAAGUUGUUCAAAAAUAUGGAGAAGAAAGGUUGCAAGCCUGAUACUGUAACUUACACCACACUUAUUGAUUGUUUAUGUAAAUAUAGGUUAGUUGAUCAAGCAUUGGGUCUUCUCCACCAAAUGACAAGGAAAGGCAUAUUUCCAAAUGUUAUAACCUACAACUCAUUAUUUCAAGGUCUGUGUGACAUUAAUCGAUGGCAUGAUGUCAAACAAUUGCUCAAGGAGAUGGAUGCUAGGAACAUUUCUCGAGAUGUUUUUACUUACAAUAUAUUGAUUGAUGCGUAUUGCAAAGAAGGAAAGAUUGAAGAUGCAGAGGAUGUGAUAGAGUUGAUGAUUCAAAGAGGCUGUUAUCCUGAUGUAGUCACUUACAGCUCACUCAUGGAUGGAUACUGCUUGCGAGGAGAGGUUGAUAAAGCAUUAGCAGUGUUCGAAAGCAUGAAGAGAAAGGAAAUAUUGCCUAAUACUCUUAGCUAUAAUAUCCUCAUCAACGGUUUUUGUAAAAAGUUUAAAGUGGACAGAGCCAUGGAUCUUUUCCAACAAAUGCCCUCUGAAGGUUUAACCCCAACUAUUGAGACUUACAGUACUAUACUGCAAGGUUUUUUUCAUGCGGGUAGACAUGUUGAAGCACGUAAAUUUUUUAAGGAAAAGAUGAUUAACCAAGGUGUUGAGUUGAAUAAAGUGACAUGUCGUAUCUUGUUGCAUGGUCUUUGCCAGAAUUGUUAUGUAUUUGAAGCACUAUCGUUUUUUCAAAUACUGGAGUCCAGUGGGUUAGUUUCUGAUAUACAGGUUUACAAUAUUCUGAUUGAUGGACUAAGCAAAAAUGGACAUCUUGAGAAAGCAAGAAGCCUUUUUGACAACCUGCCUUUGAAAGGUUUGCGGCCUGACGUCAAGACAUACACAUUGAUGAUCCGAGCAUAUUGUCAUGAAGGGUUAUUCCAGGAAGCGAAUGAACUAUUCUGGGAAAUGGAAGCAAAUGAUUGCUUGCCGGAUAAUGUAACCUACAAUACACUUAUGCGCGGUUAUGUACACGGUAAGAAGUACUAUGAAGCAGGUGUACUACUGGAUGAAAUGCGUAGUCGCGGCUUUGAAGCAGAUGCAUCUACCGCAUCUGCUUUACUGGAUUUACUUGAAGUGCAAGAACAGGAUCCUGCUCUCCUUGCUUUGCGCAAGAAGUACUUGCCAUUGCGUUCUGCCAGCGAAAUCUCUGAGUCUUUGACAAGUAGAGAUAUGAUGAUGAUGAUGAUGAAAUUUUUGAUAUCAAAUUCUCGAUUCCUACCACAUUCUGCAGAUUCAGCUCAUACUUGUUGUCUUGCAUCCUUUUUUGUUAUUGCAGUUUCUCACUUCUCCACUAACCCUAACCCUAAUAUCCCCUUUAAACCCAAACCCCAAUUCUCUUAUUCCUCUAAUCCACCUCAUGCUCGUCUUCAACAUUUACUCUUUGAGAAGUCCAAGGUUGGUUUCGAUAAACUCGAUGAUGCUCUCCAAGUGUUUGAUAAAAUGCUCCUUAUGAAACCUCUGCUUCCUGUUAUCAACUUUGCUCAACUAUUAGCUGCCCUUGUUAAAAUGAAAGAGUACUCUGUAGCUGUGUCUCUCUUUAGAGAUAUGCGUGUAAAUAGCAUCCCUGUUAAUAUAUUUACCAUUACUACUAUCAUCAACUGUUUUUGUCAUUUGAAUCGUGUCGAUUUUGCCUUUUCAUUACUGGCUGGAAUCAUCAAGCACGGUUUUGUCCCUGAUGUGAUUACUUAUAACACUCUCAUCAGGGGCCUUAUUUCCCAAGAUAUGCUUCAAGAGGCUCAGCUUUUUUUCCAGAACCUCAUCAGAUUUCAACUUAUUCAACCUAAUGUUGUUACCUAUACAACUAUCAUUCACGGCAUCUGCAAGAGAGGGAAUCCUUCUGUGGCUGUUAAGUUGUUCAAAAUUAUGGAGAAGAAAGGUUGCAAGCCUAAUACUGUGACUUACAACACACUUAUUGACUGUUUGUGUAAGCAUAGAUUAGUUGAUCAAGCAUUGGGUCUUCUCCACCAAAUGACAAGGAAAGCAAUAUCUCCGGAUGUUAUAACCUACAACCCAUUAAUUCAAGGGUUGUGUGACUUUAAUCGAUGGCAUGAUGUCAAACAAUUGCUCAAGGAGAUGGAUGUUAGGAACAUUUCUCGAGAUGUUUUUACUUACAAUAUAUUGAUUGAUGCGUAUUGCAAAGAAGGAAUGAUUGAAGAUGCAGAGGAUGUGAUAGAGUUGAUGAUUCAAAGAGGCCGUUAUCCUGAUGUAGUCACUUACAGCUCACUCAUGGAUGGAUACUGCUUGCGAGGAGAGGUUGAUAAAGCAUUAGCAGUGUUUGAAAGCAUGAAGAGAAAGGGAAUAUUGCCUGAUACUCUUAGCUAUAAUAUCCUCAUCAACGGUUAUUGUAAAAAGUUUAAAGUGGACAGAGCCAUAGAUCUUUUUCAACAAAUGCCCUCUGAAGGUUUAACCCCAACUAUUGAGACUUACAGCACUAUAUUGCAAGGUUUUUUUCAUGAGGGUAGACAUGUUGAAGCACGUAAAUUUUUUAAGGAAAAGAUGAUUAACCAAGGUGUUGAGUUGGAUAAAGUGACAUGCCGUAUCUUGUUGCAUGGUCUUUGCCAGAAUAGUUAUGUUGUUGAAGCACUAUCCUUUUUUCAAAUACUGGAAUCCAGGGGGUUAGUUCCUGAUAUACAUGUUUACAAUAUUCUGAUUGAUGGACUAAGCAAAAAUGGACAUCUAGAGAAUGCAAGAAGGCUUUUUGACAACCUUCCUUUGAAUGGUUUGCUGCCUGACGUCAAGACAUACACAAUGCUGAUCCAAGCAUAUUGUCAUGAAGGGUUAUUUGAGGAAGCGAAUGAACUAUUCAGGAAAAUGGAAGCAAAUGAUUGCUUGCCUACUGAUGUAACCUACAACAUACUAAUCCGAGGUUGUUUACCCAAUAAUAAGUACUAUGAAGCAGGUGUACUCCUGGAUGAAAUGCGUAGUCACGGCUUUGCAUCAGAUGCAUCUACCGCAUCUGCUUUCCUGGAUUUACUUGAAGUGCAAGAACAGGAUCCCGCUCUCCUUGCUUUGCGCAAGAAGUACUCGCCAUAAGUGUAACGAAAGGAGAGAGUGGUAGAAUUCAUAAUCUUAUCUAUUUUGCCAACAUUUUUCAAAGGGAUUGAUAACAAAAUUUACAUGCAUUAACAAUCAUGAUAACGGCAUGUAGUAGAGACAGGCUCUACUACUACGCUGUCCGAUGUCAUUGUUGUAAAGUUUGCAGCUCUUCUCCUAUCGAGUAGUUUAUUUCUUCCAUGUACUGCAGUUACAAUUUUUUGGGGUUUGGUAUAAUCUUUUUAAAAUUAUAUAUGUUUCAAAUGAAUGUCCUUUUUUA